UGCGCUAGGGAGGGAGUGCUGAGCUGUAAGAGUGACUGGUGAGCCGGCUCGGAGGAACUGUUCCCGCCAUGCCACAUUACCAGACCUGGGAGGAGUUCACCCGUGCCGCCGAAAAGCUCUACCUCGCCGAUCCCAUGAAGGUGCGUGUGGUUCUUAAAUACCGACACUGUGAUGGGAAUCUGUGUAUCAAAGUAACAGAUGAUGUAGUUUGUCUGCUAUAUAGAACAGACCAGGCUCAAGAUGUAAAGAAGAUUGAGAAAUUCCACAGUCAGCUAAUGCGACUCAUGGUGGCUAAGGAAUCUCGCAGUGCUGCCAUGGAAACGGACUGAAUUGCUGAAAAUAAAAUGAAAGCUCCAGUCAUCUUUCAUGGGAAGAAAAUACCACUUGGAUUUGAGCAAACAUUGGGACAGGAGAUGUUUUAUGUAACGAAGUGGACUAUGAAAAGUCUGAAGCAUUUUUUGCCCUGCCCUAGACGCCACUUCAGAUAACUAGGAAAAUAAAUGCUUUCAGUUGAAAGCCUCUAUUUAUUUUUGAAAAUUAAGCAAGAAAAAUAUAUCCUCCAUGGAAAACAUUCUUACAAGUCUUGCUUAACAUACUUUAACCUGUAAAUAUUUUAUUUUGUAAAUCUACAGUACUCUAAUUUUGAAAGUGAAAGGAGAAAAGUGUAUCCCUCUGGAAAGUGAGAGCAUGUCUUCAUGUAGAUUAAAUUGAUCUUAUUUGCAUUCA